AACAAGACUUUCCACUCUUUGCAGUGUGAGAAAGUUUAAUAGAAAAGAUAAUGCAGCAAGAGGAUAUGCAGUCACCAUGGUCCUUCUUUGAAGACAUGAACUCAACUUUUGAAUCAGGUGUUGAGUCCUAUGGCUUCUCUAUGUAUGACCAUGUUGGUGAUUCUGGAUCCUAUGGCUUCAUUGUGGAUGACCAUGGACUCAAUACACUAUUGAGCACUCUAGAGGAUUCCACUUCUGAAAUUUCUUCCAUACCCUUUUCUUCCUCUUCCUUAUUCUUCUCCAAUGAUCAUGUUCACACCCAAUACCCAAUCAUUGAAGAAACUGGGCAACUUCCAUCACUCAUGGAAUUGGAUGAUUUUGAUUCCAUUUUGGAUACUGAAAUUGUUAGUAUUGAAGGUCAUGGAUACCUAAGGGAGAGUGAAGGGAGCUUCUUUCCUACACAGACUUUUUCAAGUGAGGUGGAAAAUGCUUGGAGUCCUACCCCAUCUGUGAGGUCAGAGUUGUCCACAAAUCAAGCAUCAUCACUAUUGACUUUACCUCACCAAAACAUGGAAAUUGAAAACCAAGUGAGUCUUCCACACUUGCUAGAGGCACAUGGAGAGGCCUUGGAGCAAGGACAAAAGUCACUAGCAGAAGUGAUUUUGAGGUGCAUGAGUCAGAAAGCUAGUCCACUAGGUGAGUCUCUAGAGCGCCUUGUGUUCUACUUGUCUCAAAGCAUGACCAAUCAUGGAGACUAUCUCAAAGGUGAGGCCUUCAAGAACUUUGAGGCUGCUUUGAGGGCACUCUAUCAAGGUCUCCCAAUUGGGAGAGUUGCUCACUUUGCUGCUGUUUCUGCAAUUCUUGAAGCCAUGCCACAAGAUUGUAAUAGUGUACACAUAGUGGACUCUUGUGUUGGACAUGGAUUUCAAUGGGUUCCAUUGAUUGAGGCCAUUGCACACAUGAACAAAACAGUGAAACUGACAUCAAUUAAAUGGGGUGGUGGUGAUGAAUGUUUUUCUAGUCCAUCAAAUUUUGAGGAAACUAGAAAGCUGCUCUGUGAGCAUGCCAAAUCCUGUGGUUUGAAGUUGAAGGUAGAGGAGAAAGGAGUGGAGGAACUUGUUGCUGAGAUUAAGAAAAUGAACAAAAGGGGUGGGAAAGGUGCGUUUUUGGCCUUCAAUUCCAUGAUUGGUCUUCCUCAUAUGGGAAGAGAAAGUAGCAGAAGACAAGCCUCAGAGUUUCUAAGGGUAGCUGAAGAUUUGAUCAACACCUCUGGCAAUAGGGGGAUUAUAACUUUUGGUGAUGGAAGUGCUUAUCAGAAAGUGAAAAACAACUUCAAUUUCAGGUCAUUCUUUAAAGUACAUUUGGAGCAUUACCAAGCCUUGUUAGAAGCAAUUGAAUCACAUUUCCCAACUCGUUUCUCAGAAGCAAGAAUCACCAUGGAGCAACUGUUUUUGCAACCUUGUAUUUCCUCUCUUGAUUGGUUACAAAUAUGGGAGGAGAUGCAGAGUGAUGAGAUUAGCUUUAAGGGUUGCCAAUUGAGCAAAAAUAUUUUGAUGGAAACCAGAGAAGUGUUGAGAGGAAAUGAAGGUUCAUAUCAAGCAAGGAUCGAAGGACAAAAUGACAAUGAACUAGUUUUGGAGUACAAAGGAACAAAACUGUUAAGAUUUUCAACUUGGAAAAACUAAAACCUGAGUGUCUCAUGUCUCAGAUCAGAUGUUAGUAGUCAUUAUAAUUCGAUUUGUACAGAUUCGUGUUGAUAUUUAUCUCGAAGGAUUAUAUAAAGAUGUUUAUUCUUUUUUACACGAUA